AUGACUUACCGUACCAGUUUGGACCUCUUGUUCAAAUCACAUAAGAUUGUCCCCAACUACAAAUGUGGCGGCCAGGGAAAUCUCAUAGGAGUCAUUGGUGGACUGGGUGCUGAAACCUCUUCACGCAUGGCGGAUGUCUUUGGUCUUUACAAGAUUCCACAGGUGCCACCUGUUUCCCUCUGUAAUGACAACUGUGAUCUGGGUUACAGCAAGAAAAAGAAGGAGGGGGAGAAAUUUUGCUGCUAUGAUUGUGCUCCAUGUCCAGAUGGGAUGUUCUCAAACCAGCAGGACAUGGAAACUUGUGUCAAUUGUCCAGAAGGUCAAUAUCCAAACAAAUUCCAGGAUGGAUGCAUUCCUAAGAUUCCAAAUUUCCUAGCUUUUGAAGAAACAUUAGCCAUCAUCUCCAUUUCUUCAGGACUUCUAUUGUCUCUGAUCACAGCUCUGGUGCUUGGCAUCUUCAUCAGGCAACGUGACACUGCCAUGGUCAAAGCAAACAAUCGAAGCCUCACCUACAUUCUCCUCAUCUCCCUCCUCCUGUGUUUCCUCUGUUCCUUCCUGUUCAUCGGAAAACCUAAGAAGGUCACCUGCCUUCUUCGACAAACUGCUUUUGGCAUUGUCUUCUCUGUGUCCCUCUCCACCAUCUUGGCAAAAACCGUAUCAGUGGUCUUGGCAUUCAUGGCUACCAAACCAGGAUCACGGAUGAGGCAGUGGGUGGGGAAAGGAUUGGGGUACUCCAUUGUCCUCUCCUGCUCCAAUAUUCAAGCAGGUAUCUGUGCUCUCUGGCUGGCAAUGUCUCCUCCAUUCCCAGAUGUUGACAUGACUUCAAUGAUGGAAGAAAUUGUACUACUAUGUAAUGAAGGUUCCGUCCUCAUGUUCUAUUGUGUUUUGAGUUACAUGGGUUUCCUGGCCAUUAUCAGCUUUACUGUGGCCUUCCUGGCCAGGAAGUUACCUGACAGUUUUAAUGAAGCCAAGUUCAUUACCUUUAGCAUGCUAGUCUUUUGCAGUGUGUGGGUGUCCUUUGUUCCAACUUACCUCAGCACAAGAGGAAAGUACAUGGUGGCUGUGGAGAUCUUCUCCAUCUUGGCCUCCAGUGCUGGGUUACUCAGCUGUAUCUUUUUCCCCAAAUGCUACAUAAUCGUGGUGAGACCUGACUUGAACAGUCCAUCUUUCUUCAGGCAGGGGAAGAAAGAGGAA